AUGAUAUCGGCCAAUUCUAUUAGAAUAUCGAAGGCGAUCUUCAUAUUGAUUAUUUUGAUCAAUGUUACCGGGUUGCUCUUCGCAUUGAUAUAUUUGAAUUCACAUAAAUAUGUUGAUAAGGGAAGGAUAUGGAACGGUAUCCAGAUGUUCAAUGAUAAAUAUAAACCAAAAGCAGUAGCGAAUAGUCUACUUGAAGAUAUUGGUUACCAGAUAGAGCCCCAAAAUGUUCAAUUUAAAUUUAUUAAUCCGAAGAAUAAACACGGUCUGCCAGAUAUGAUAUUGCAACAAAAUUCCAACAGAUAUGCUGAUUUAGUAUCUAAAGAAAUUAAUGAGCCCAAAGACUUUAAUAUUGACUCCAUUAGACCUCCUGAGGACAUCAGUGGGUAUGACCACGCUAAUGCGACAAUAAUCGCUUUGGUUAGAAACACAGAGGCUUCAGGUAUUAUCAAAUCAAUCCGAAGACUUGAGAAAGCAUUCAAUUCUAAGUUUCAGUAUCCUUACACAUUUUUGAAUGAUCAACCUUUCACUGAAAGAUUCAAAGAUAGGAUGAGAAAAGCCAGCAGUGCACCUAUGAACUUCGUCCAAAUCCCCCCGCAAUUGUGGGAUCAGCCUUCAAACAUAGACACUAAAAAAGAAAGAGAAGCAAUGAGAGCAAUGGCAGAUCAUAAUAUUGCCUAUGCCCAAAAGAAAUCUUACCAUAAUAUGUGCAGAUUUUACCUGGGAAACUUUUACAAUGUUCCUGAAUUACAAGAUUAUCGAUAUUACUGGAGACUCGAGCCAAGCGUCGACUUCUACAGUGACGUAAAUUAUGACGUAUUUAAAUACUUGGAGGGGACUAAGAAAAAGUAUGGAUUCACAAUCUCUCUCUACGAUAUCGACGAAUCUGUUGCAACUCUUUGGCCCGAAACACUCAAGUUCCUAAAUACAGAUGAUAAUUUCAAGCUUGUUAAUAAAAAUGGCGCAUUCCAAUGGUUAUUAGAAGACCAACAAAAUCCCAAAAAAAACCUCGUUGCUAAUGGAUAUUCUACUUGCCACUUCUGGUCUAACUUUGAAAUUGGUGAUAUGGAUUUUUUCAGAAGUGAGCCUUACGAUAGUUGGUUCAGGUACUUGGACUCCACUGGCAAGUUCUAUUAUGAGAGAUGGGGCGAUGCACCAGUGCACUCUGUAGGCUUGAGCUUAUUCGCUGAUAAAAAUGAUAUUCACUGGUUUAGAGAUAUAGGGUAUUAUCAUGAUCCAUAUCUCAAUUGUCCAAAUACCCCAAAAGCUUCAGGCUGUGAAACUGGAAAAUUCAGUAUAUGGAAACAUUUAUCUGACCAAAACUGCAUGAUGAGUUGGGUCGACUACUCAAUUAAUGAUCCUGAUGCUAUAUAUUGA